UAACAAGCUGAGGCUCAGGAUACAGGAUCUGGAGCAGAUGGCCCAGGAGCAAGACACGGAGCCAAACAGACUGUCCAUCCUCGCCGAGACGGAGAGCCAGCGACGCCAGAUGCUGAGCAACCAGACAGCCUGGAGGAAAGCCAACUUGGCCUGUAAACUAGCCAUAGACAACACGGAGAAGGACGAGCUUCUGCACGGAGGAGAAACUCUGGGCACCAGACAGAGGAAGGUGACCAAAGAAAGUUUAGUGGAAAGCAGCAGCAGCAUCACGGAGAGUCUGAUGUCCAUCAGCCGGAUGAUGUCGGAGCAGGUGAAGCAGAGCGAGGACGCCAUUGGGACUCUGGCCACCUCCUCUAGAACGGUGCAGGAAACCAACGAGGAGUUCAAAAGCAUGACGGGAACCAUCCACCUGGGGAGGAAGCUGAUUCUAAAGUACAACCGCAGGGAACUCACAGACAAGCUGCUCAUUUUCUUGGCUUUAGCGCUUUUCUUCGCCACCGUCCUCUACAUCCUCAAGAAACGCCUCCUCCCCUUCAUUUAAUGAGCCGGCUGGGUCUACGUCGGCCUGUUCCCAGGGAGAGUUUAAGAUAUGAGGAAGACAUGGAGCAGAAGCAGCAUUAAGACUUUGUGUUUACAGGAGGCAAAAAUAAAAAAAAGCUGUUUUAAUAUGCAUUUGGUUAGUUUACAAAAAUCAGCUGUGUUUUUUCUUUUAAGUUCCCAUGACAAGAUUAGAUGAGGACUAAAGCUGCACACUGCCUGAUUUUUCUUGAAAUAAUGUUUGAACUAACUGGGAUAAACGUUUGGACAUCUAGAGAUGCGCGUUUUCUGGCUGAUUGGUCCAAAAAAGGCCGUUUCUCCACACGACGCGUCUUCUUUCCUGCUUUCCUUUUUUCCUCGGUUAGUGGAGAAGCCUUCUCCUCAAUAUGAUCUCCGGAUGGAGAUCCACCGUUCUUUAGCUCUUUGUUCUUCUAAAAGCAUCCUCAGAAACACCCAUGAAGGUUUUUCAUCGUGUAUUGCGAUUUGUUAAUCUAAGCAUGUUGCACAAAUAUUUAUAUUCUCUUACAGCUAUAAAAUGGACCUGGAGCUUCACCCCUUUUUCCAGUUUUUCACAUCUAUGCCAGAGGAAUUAAAAAGGCACGGCGGCAAAGUGCUAAAACAAAAAUGUCCUCGUGAAAUAUGCCAGAUCAAAGUUUACACGUCCUGAAAACAUCAGGAUCCGCUUGAUGAAUGUCUGCAAAAGGGCUGAAAGUCAAGCGCUUAAUGUUUGAACGAAGUUUAUUUACAAUGUAGUUCUCAGUGCUUUGCUCUCAUUUGUCGAGCAGCGCUGUGUAUUUACUUGAAAAUGAAACUUAACUUAAACUUCUCUGUAUUGUUGAAGUUGUUGUCGUUUAAUUCGAUUCAUGACUUCAGUCCGACGGACACAAAGGAAUCUGAAUCCGUGCGAACCCGAGUUUUUGGAGAGAAGUGUAACUGUUGGUGGAGUUGCACAACUUACUGAGCGCAGUAUUUCAGGUGUCUGAGGAAUCUGCGAUUCAUUAAAAAUCUUCAAAACGUUAAAAACUCAAGGUGGUGAUGCAUUGUGCAAAUAAUUCAGAUAGCAGAGCAAAGUCUGAGGUAGAGCGGUUUUAUUUCGCUGCAAGCGACGGACGAAUGCCAACCAGUUCUGUUUAAAAAUAUGUUAUUUUCAGUUGGAUGCAGGUUUUUUUU